CACUUUACUUCAUUGCUCACAGGCAUUAGUCCACUGCAUCAAUUGGCCAACGUCUAAGAAUCGGAACUGUCUUUUUUAACGCCAGAUGUUUUAAUGGAAUUUCCAGUGCAUCCUUGUUUAUGAAAGAAAAUAAAAAAAAACUUUUCCUAUUGGAUAACCCUGUUGGAGGAAAACAAUGUUUCCCGAAAUUAAUAUAAAGGCAGGGAGGCCUGAUGCCUACCCCCAGCAACACAAGAUCCAGGCCGAAGGCACUCGUCUUGGAUCCAACCGCCCCUACAAGCAGAAUUUUGGCACUGGCCCAGGUACUCUGCCCCGCCUGGAGACCAGACCUGUGGCUGUGAACAAUGCCAAGACCCAGCACCAGUCAGAGAUCAUCCUGCCCCAGAUCACCUGCUUGGGCAUGCAGAGCCAGGGUAGUUUCCACCAGGAAGAUAGAGUACGGAGCUCCACACUGGAAAGCCAGGGGGAGCCCCUCAAUAACAAGAUCAAGGCCCAGGAUGAGUGGUCUUGUGAAGGACACCUGCUGCCCAUGUCCCCUACUGAGGUCCUGAGGUUUUUCAGGGACAGCCUCACAGAGUUUGAGCAGGAGGAGAUCAUGGACUAUAGUGAAAUCUGGUACUUGGGGCUGGAGGCAGAGAAGAUUGAGGGAUCCCAUGGGCUCCCUCACAACUCUGGUUAUGAUGACGAACAGGGAGGCUACGUGACGGUUGCUCACAAUCACAUAGCAUAUCGCUUUGAGGUGUUGGAGGUAAUUGGCAAAGGAUCCUUUGGGCAGGUCCUUAAGUGCCUGGAUCACAAGAACAAAGAGCAUGUGGCCAUCAAGGUUAUCCGAAACAAAAAAAGGUUCCACCAUCAGGCCAUGGUAGAACUGAAGAUCCUGGAGGCUCUACGAAGGAAGGACAAGGACAACUGCCAUAACGUCAUCCACAUGAAGGAAUACUUCUACUUCCGCAAUCACCUUUGCAUCUCCUUUGAGCUCCUGGGAGUGAACCUGUAUGAGCUGAUCAAGAAGAACAACUUCCAAGGCUUUAGCCAGGCCCUGGUGCGACGCUUUGCCUACUCUUUACUUAAGUGCCUGCAAAUGCUACACAAGGAAAAGAUCAUUCACUGUGACCUUAAACCGGAAAACAUUCUCCUAUCCAACAAAGGUCAAGGGAACAUCAAAGUGAUUGACUUUGGUUCCAGCUGCUAUGAGCAGCAGAGAGUAUACACCUACAUCCAGAGUCGCUUCUACCGAUCCCCAGAGGUGAUCCUGGGCCACCCCUACAGCAUGGCCAUCGACAUGUGGAGCUUGGGUUGCAUCCUAGUGGAGCUGUACACUGGCUUCCCUCUCUUUCCUGGAGAGAGUGAGGUGGAGCAGAUCGCCUGCAUGCUGGAGGUGCUUGGAAUGCCUCCACAUGGUUUCCUACAGACCGCAACCAGGAAGAGGCUGUUUUUCGACUCAAAGAACAACCCCAGGAACGUCAUCAACAGUAAGGGUAGAAAGAGACGCCCCAACUCCAAGGAUCUGGCCUUUGUGAUGAAGACUAAGGAUCCUUUAUUACUGGACUUCAUCCAGCGCUGCCUCGCGUGGGACCCUAUGAAGCGCAUUACACCAGAGGAGGCCAUGCAGCACGAGUGGAUCCAGGACACUCUGCUUUACAAGACCCGGCCAAUGACCCGGCCCACCAGGAAGCCCCACGAGGGUCAGAGCAGCAUGGUCAAUGUGGAGCACAGCUCCCAAAGACCAGCCACCAACAGGACAGUUGAGAAAACAUUUGUUGAUGGCAUCGAUAGGAUGAAGAGAGAAAACUCAGGGAAGCUUGAAUCCUCUGAGCGCCUGCGUCCAAUCGGGGCUUCUGCUGAGCAACAGGUGGGCGAGGGCAUAACCAGGAACGUCAGGGAGAGGACCAUCCACAUUGCCAUCAGGCCCCCUACAGGGACCACUGAAGAGUCAAACAGUCCAGCCCUGUCCCAGGGCUUGCCCUCCAUCACUUGAGCACCCAGGCAG